UUAAGGUAGAGGCUGUUUUAAAAUUCAUUAAAUGGUCUCAUUUUAAAAGCAACAAACCCCAAAUAAAACUGAAGUGAAUUUUUAAAAAACCUACCGUAAACUCGGGUCAGAACUGCCUAAAUUAAGUAAUGCGAUAUUAAGCAGUGUCCCAGGGACAUCUUUUGGCCGAAUCUUGGUGUGUUGUGGGAUAGAGUCGGGCUGUGACAGCUCCCAGCGGGUCCGGAUAUGAAUGAUAGACUGGACAAUGGCUUCACACUCCUGGUGCAUGAAGAUUUACUUUAAGGCUCAUAUUCUCCAAGUCUAUUCUGCUUUAAAUAAGAAGACAAGAAAAGAAGUGGUUUAUCAAAAUCACGUUAUAAUCAGAUUUUGACCAAGCAUUUUGUAAGAUUACCAGUAUGCCCAUGGACAUGGAACACACAGGACAUUACCUACAUCUUGCCUUUCUGAUGACAACAGUUUUUUCUUUGUCUCCUGGAACAAAAGCAAACUAUACCCAUCUGUGGGCUAACAGUACUACUUCCUGGGAUUCAGUUAUUCAAAAUAAGACAGGCAGAAGCCAAAAUGAAAACAUUAACACAAACCCUAUAACUCCUGAAGCAGAUUAUAAAGGUAAUUCUACAAACAUGCCUGAAACAUCUCACAUCGUAUCUUUAACUUCUAAAUCUGAACAGGAGCUUUAUAUACCUUCUGUCGUCAGCAACAGUCCUUCAACAGUACAGAGCAUUGAAAGCACAAGUAAAAGUCAUGGUGAAAUUUUCAAAAAGGAUGUCUGUGCGGAAAACAACAACAACAUGGCUAUGCUAAUUUGCUUAAUUAUAAUUGCAGUGCUUUUUCUUAUCUGUACCUUUCUAUUUCUAUCAACUGUGGUUUUGGCAAACAAAGUCUCAUCUCUCAGACGAUCAAAACAAGCAGGCAAGCGUCAGCCUAGAAGCAAUGGUGAUUUUCUGGCAAGCGGUCUAUGGCCCACUGAAUCAGACACUUGGAAAAGAACAAAACAGCUCACAGGACCCAACCUAGUGAUGCAAUCUACUGGAGUGCUCACAGCUACAAGAGAAAGAAAAGAUGAAGAAGGAACUGAAAAACUUACUAACGAACAGAUGGGUUAGUGAAGAAAAAUGCAAAGUAGCAAUGAGAAGGGUUAUGGAGUAAAAAUGAAGUCAGUUGGUAUUUAAUCCCAAAGUGUUGUUCUGAUGAUCUAAAAUUUGACAUGGUAGACCUUGUAAUUUAGAAUCAAGUGGGUGAGACGGAAAGAAGUAUGCCUGCUUAAUUACUUAAACUGUGUACUUUUGUUUUGACACUGAAUAUUUUAAACAGCAAAUAAUAAAAUAACUAAGCAUUUGAGGAAAGUUUUAAGGAUAAAUUGAGGAAACUGAUUAACAGAGAUAGAAAGAGAUAACUGAAUAAAUAUUCCCUAUGUAGCAAUAGUGGUUAGAUGACCUUUGUCUGAAUGUAAUUAAACUUUGAAGAGUUUUAGUGUCCUUAAAGCCAAGUAUAUGCUUUAACAUCAAAUGGAAGUCAAAUUCCUAAUGCAAAGAUAGAGCUAAACUGUGCAAUUUAAUGGUACCUUCUUUGCUGGAUGUGGCAGAAUCCACACCAGCUUAUCAAUCAACACAGCUAAUUUUAGCCUAGAUGCUUUUAUCUUUCAUAUGGCACACAUAAGAAAGUGUUUUUCUACUAUUAAUAUUAAAUUAAAACCUUUAAUUUUGUAUAAUAAAUUAAAACUCAGAAUAAACCUGUGACUAUGUA